AUGUUCGAGUUCGACUGGAGGGGGCUGCUACUCCCUCUGGCCUACCUGGCUGUCCUCGGCGGCACCUUUAUGACAUUUUCUUACGUCUAUCGCAAAAGGAAGGCUGUCCAAAGCGCAAACCUGGCCCCAUGGUUCCCUCCGCACCUCCAGCGCAACAUCUACCUGUCUCUGCUCCAUAUGGAGCCCGAAGAGGGUCAAGAAAAAGCCCCCAAGGUCCCAGACAGCGUCAUUAGGGCGGCGCUGCUCCGGCGCGCUGUUGAGGACAUCCACCGCAUCAUCCAAAUUCGCACCGCGAAGGCAGCAUGCAGCACUUUAUUGCAACGGGGAAGCGUCGGUGAUGAUCUGUGGCAGCGGUUUCUUCGUGCCGAGAAGGAGAUGGAGGACGAGUUAAGGGAUGUCGUUAUGGAGGCUAACGCUUUGGUUCCCGGAUGGGGCCAGAUCAUCUUUCAAUCGGCAAACGAAAUAGCUGCCAACAAGGUGCUCCGCGACAGGUUGGAGGAGAUCGAAGCCCAGACCGCCCGCGACAAGGAAUGGUGGGAGAAGCGCCGGGCGACCAUCAAGAGUGAGUUUAUGAAGGAGCUCGAUGCUGAGGAGGCUGUGGAGAAGGCGAAGACCGAAAAGGAGCAACCGAAGCAGCAGCAGCAGCAACAGGAAACCAACAGGGACAAGACUGCUAGCGACGAUGACACUGUCUUGGUGGAGACAAAUACGCCGUCGGCUACACCAUCCAAGAAGAAGAAAGGCAAGAAGGGCGCCGCUUAG